GAGGGGGUGGCUGGAAAUGUUUCAGCCAGAGUUGGACAGGCAGUCUGUUUUUACUGUUGUGAAGAGAAAAUCUUUGGUCACUGAAUCGGCGGGACAGAGAGGUGGAUAAGAGCUGCUGCUGUGGUCGUUAUAUGAACAAGUUAGCUGCUCAAAAUAGCUCUAGUGUAGAAUCUUGGUCAGGAACUUAAGUUCUUCAGUCCUACAUGAAGUGAGAGAGAUCACCAUCAAAAAGUGCCUUUGAGAAGAUAUCCCCGUCUUGGUCCGUCUACAUUUCCGGCCUAUGCUUUCUUUAAGGCCAGACUCAAGUACCAACACAGGAUACCUCAGCUGCAAGCCCUUUGCCACCUCUUUGCACAAAGUCAGCACCUAAAAAAUGCCAAAAUAGAGCCAUAAUAUAAGAGGACAGAGAAUAAUGACCUGAGAAUUUAUGACUAAAGUCUGAUAUUUAUAGGCACCCUCAUUUGUGGAUAAUACACUUCCUUUUGAUGGGUGAUUUCUCAGUGAUUGACCAGCCAUCUGAUCUGUCUGCUCCAGCUGAUGGCGCACUCACUAGGUUGUUGUGAAAGCGGACUUUGCACAUAGAGCCAACCCACAGCUUUUGGUCUAUGAAGCACACUGAGAUUGAUUGAAAAAUUAAGUUUAUGAUUAUAACCUUUGGACAUGGCGUUGAACAUUUCUUCAGUAAGAGACACAAAAUGGCUGACUCUGGAAGUGUGUCGACAGUUUCAGAGAGGAAACUGUUCUCGUAGUGAUGAGGAAUGCAAAUUUGCGCAUCCACCCAAGAGCUGCCAGGUUGACAAUGGGAGAGUUGUUGCCUGCUUUGACUCACUGAAGGGCCGAUGCUCAAGAGAAAACUGCAAGUACCUUCAUCCACCUUCACACUUAAAAACCCAGUUAGAGAUAAACGGGCGCAACAACCUCAUCCAGCAGAAGACAGCCGCAGCUGUGCUUGCCCAACAGAUGCAGCUCAUGAUCCCAGCACCCAGCCUGCAGUCUGUGACAACAUUUCCUGUUACGCAGGGACUGAGCACAAAUACUGGUCUUGGUUAUGGUUCAUACAUGACGCCCUUGAGCCAUGGAAUGAGCCUCAUCCCGACAGACAACCUCUCCAGCACCCAGGUUCUUGUGACUGGGAGCCCACCUGUCACAGUCCAGAGCUCCUCCUCCUCUUCCUCCUCUUCUUCUUCUUCUCCCUCACAGAAGCUGCAGCGUACAGACAAACUAGAGGUGUGCCGCGAGUUUCAGCGGGGAAACUGUGCAAGAGGGGAGACAGAUUGCCGCUUCGCUCACCCCAGUGACAGUCCAAUGAUUGACACCACAGAUAACACUGUCACUGUUUGCAUGGACUACAUCAAGAGCCGCUGCUCCCGGGAGAAGUGCAAGUAUUUUCACCCGCCUGCACACUUGCAGGCCAAAAUCAAAUCCAGUCAGCAGCAAGUCAAUCACACAGCUGUGGCAGCCCAGGCCGCAGCUGCAGCCAUGACUCAGUCGACUGCCAAAGCAAUGAAGCGAUCCCUCGAGGCAACUGUAGACCUGGCCUUUCCCUACAGUGUACCCCUACCAAAGAGACCAGCUUUUGAGAAGAGCAGCUUGGCCAGCUCUCUCCUCAGCCCCAGUUUUUUGCACUACCAACAGGCUCUGGCCAACACACAGCUGCAGCAGCCCACCGCUGCAUUUUAUCCGACAGGUUCUGUCUUCUGCAUGACCCCUGCUAACAGCGUUGUCCCCAUGAUGUACAGUGCUACGCCUGCUACUGUCUCUGCAGCAACUACUCCCGCCACAAGUGUCCCCUACGCAGCAACAGCACCAGCCAAUCAGAUCAUCCUCAAGUAACCACCAGACACAGAAGUCAGUGCCGUGUUGCUGCUGUUAAAGACGCCCAACAACUGCUCUGUAAAUAUUCUGUGAACACCGCACACAACCUACAACAGGCUGCAUGCUGAUGACAUCUCUGAUGAAGAGGUUGUUGACAUUACUUUGAUCUCUCCUAAUAAAUUACAUAGCUCAAUUACUAGGAUUAUUCUGUUAGAUAAGAGUCACAGAAGGUUACUGUAUGCACGCGUCUCUGCACCUGCAUUAACAUGCAUCCUUAGUAAUGUGCAUAAUAUCUUGGUUUCUAUUUCCUUAACCAGUUCUGACAAGGUGAGAAGUGCAUUUAGCCUCUUAAUCAGCUGAAAUGCAGUUCACAUGUAGGAUCCUCAUAAAUAGAGAUUAACUUUUCUGAAUAAAUCCAACCAGAAAACACAUGGAAAUUAAACAGAAACAGGCAGUUCAGAUACAGUAACACCUAAUGAUAUUAACUAACAAAUAGAACUGUUGUUCACUGAUGGUUUUAAAUGUUGUACAUAUUACAAGAGGAAGACAUAAGGCUGACAGAUCUAAUCUGAGAUGUUAAUACCAGGUAUAAAGAGGUUCUAUAUUGGAGAUUGUUAAAACUGUAUCCUCAAGAUAUCGAGCAACAACUUAUAUUUACUUUCUUGAAUGUGUUAUGUAAACUAUAAGGUUUUUCACAUGAAUGAUUGUUUAUCUAUUGCUAGCUUUAAUUAUUUCAAACAACCUAGUAAUACGCACUUAUUUUAACUUUCCACGUUGUAAGAAAUUACACAAGCUUUCUUUAAAAUGCUCUGAGGGUAGUCCAUCUUUAUUGUUUACCCUGUGGUCCCCAGAGAACAGGAUCAGUGCUCCACCUCCUGGUGUGCCUUUGCAUUGCAUAUAGAGUAUGUUUGCUCAGAGGAAAUACUGUAUAAUCCAUUUGCUGCAGAUACUUUGAACUCAAACAUUUAGAUUUCCCCCUCUUUAUUACAUAAAAAAAACAUCUGUUUGGAUUAUUGGUCACAGUGAUGGUUGAUUUGUUGAUGUAUCUGUAAGUGGUUCUCACUUCUGGAGUCGGUUUCACAAAGAUAGACUUAGGAUAAAGCAAUUGGUCAUGUUUUAUAUGUCUAAAUUCAGCUUUUGCACAAAGUUUUUUAGUUCUUCUUGGCUGAUAUUGGACAGAAUUGCCAACUUGUUACACUCUGUUACCAGUCAGAUCAAACUCAAAGGAGUGUGUGGAUUCAAAGGUCCAGACUGAGGCAAUAGUUCUUUAGUAUCUUAAGUAGGACUAAUGGCUGAACGAGUAACCACAUCAGUCCACGUCAAAAUACGUGAGGGAGUUAUGAACAACUAAUCCAUGCAGCAGCAUUGGGUUACUUUUCUAGUUUUGAAAGUACCUCUCAUGUCACAGAAACCACUGAGAGAAACUUGUGUUAUUAUCAUACUGUCCGUGAUGUGUCUGUGUUUUUGUUCUGUUGCUCUGCACAGAUCUGACACUUGUCUGCCCGCCCACCUGCUCUCAUCCCUCGGCUCUCUGAAGCUCAGUGCGCCUCAGUUUCCUGGUAAAGGCGGUGGGGCAGCAUGGAGGUUAUCAGGGCUGCUGGUAGACAAUAUCCUUGUAUUGUAAGGUUCAUAAAAUACACCCAAAUUUGCGAAUAUGUAGAAUAUUACUACAGACAUCCCCGUUAUCUUACAUCGCAAUGCCUGCUGUGACAGCAGAUGCUGUAUUCACUCAUGUCAGUGAUGAUGGUGUUUUACCAUCCAGGGGAUGCGCCUUGUUUUUUUCCCUUGAUAAUGCUACAUUGUGAUAAAGUGAUUGUGCCACUGAUUGAUGCUGUAUUGACUCAUGUCUUUUAACUUUUACCAGCAGCCGCCAUUUUCCCCUCAUACAUGUCAAAUAUGUCACGCAGUUUUGUUGUUGUUUUCUGUUUUGUUCACAGUCUGAAUAAGUGAGAAGAAAACAUAAAAAUCUUCUCAAUGAAAGAGGAUAAGCAUAUUUCUCAAAUUGAUGAACUAUUAAAGUUAUACAGUAACUUCUUAAAAUGUUACGGAUUAUCCGUAGAAAUUCUAUUUCUAUUUUUGGUUCCGUGCCACUGGUCAGCAGGUGUCACUGAUUGUUACCAUGGGAACACUGGCUAGAAGAGGCACUCUCAAAUCUGAAACCGCAGAGCACCCUUUUGUUACGGUUUUCAGGUUUAAUGUCAUGUUUGACCAAAACAGUGUGAAACAGCCUUCGGGGUACGUUUUCUCCCAUUCGGUGAGUGUGUCGGAGGUGUUACCCAAUCAGCAGCAAUGUGUAUUAAAGUAAAAUAGAUCUUUACUUAUUGACCGUACUUUUUUUGGGUUUAUAUUUCACACUUGCUUUGGGAUUAUAAACAUAUGUUUCCCAUGCCAAUUAAGCCUCUUUGAAUUCAACUGAAUGAAACCCCACCACACUAAAAGGCAGUGUGCCUUUCUAACACAACAGGGUGUUCAACACUCCACCAUUUACAUUUAAACAAAUGUUUUGCUACAUUUUGUCAGGGCUGAACGCACCCUGGGUGUCAACGAUUGUUACCGUCGGACUAUCUUAGUUCUGAGUUAGCCUUAUGGCUAGAUUUUUGGGUUCAAAGUAAGCCAGUCUUUAUUUUUGUAAGACCAUCUAAUUUGCAUUAUAGGCUGGCAUAACAUUACAGACCCAUCUAAAAUAUCUUUGUGAAACCAUCUCCUGGUUUUUAAGCAGAACCUCCACAGCCAUCCGAGUCAACUCAGUAAUUACUACCGCUCAUAUUCAAAGUAAAGUCCCUGUAUUAACCCUAUAAGAGAUGAGUAAUGUGUGAGCUGUUAGUCUUAAUGUGACAGUCAGUCGUCAGUACUGUAUUUGAAUGUUACAAGUGCCUGAAGAAUUGUGCAGAUGAGGAUGUUUGUGCAUAUUUAAAAGGCUUUGUGUGGAAAAAUUACUCUAAAGUCACAUUUAGGAGGAGAUGUUUUGCAAUACUACGUCAGUGCUUUAGUGUUUAGUCUUUCAAUUAAGUUUCACUGAUGCUCAAAUUUGUAUGUGUGUACUACAACAUGUAUAAGAGUUGAUACCCAGCUUCAUUUGUUUCACUUUUAAGAUAUGACCCCAUUAGUUUCAUGCACAGUAAAAUACUUUAUGUCAGUAAAGUAGAAUUUAAGUUUAGUUGUGUAGAGUUGAAACCACAUUAUGCAAUAACCGUCAUUGUUUGAAACUGACAGAGUGGGUAUUGUGUUUAGUUAAGAAAAGAACAAAAGCAGAUGUUAAAAAGAUUUCACUCAUAUAUUAACGUUCACCUUUUAUGUAAGUUUUAGUUCCCUCUUUGUGCAAAUAUCAGCCUUUCCUUUAAUGUUUCUGAUGUCUUUUCAAGUGACUGAUGUUUUGGUUUUUUUUAAUGAAAACGUGUGUACACUUUUGUGUGAUUAACUCAGACAAUCCACCAAGAGAUUUGUUCACAUUUUUUUGUUCUCAUUCGUUGUGAAAAGUCUUACACAUUUAUUGUUUGGAAUAUAAGGAGUAUACUUGCAUAUUUUACUAGUCUAACAUUAGAAAGGAACACUUUUAAAAUGUAUUUUCUUCUAUUUUAUGAUGAAUGUAAUUUAUUAAACUGACUUUAGCUUCUGCUGGGGGUUACCUCAAAGGGCCUCGAUCUGUUGUAUUAGCCUACGAUAAGCCGUCUUGUGUCCAGGGAGCGAAUGUUGGGAGCAACGAGAAGCUUGAAACAUUUCAACCCCUGUCACUGCCUUGUCACCAGUGAGGGACAACGAACCUUUGUAUGAGCAAGGCCAUAGAACUGCUUUUUAUUUACAAAAGUGUAUUGUACAGGCCACAUUUUACGGAGUGUAACUUUCAUAAUAGCGUAACAAUAGUUUGUCAUUUAAUUGUGUUGAUGUGUUGCCGAGGCAAUCUGAAGUUGCAGUGGUUAAAAACUGUAUUUUUGUAGGUGAUGGAUUUGUUUUUCCUCCUCACAAUAACACAUUAGAUUGUACUGUCAGAUAAUAUGCCAUGGUGACACACUGUAAGUGAUCCAGUGCAUACGAAUAUACUCUGAAAUGUUUUGUGUUUUAUAUUGUUUCCGCUGCAUGUUAACAUCUUGCAGCAAACAUAUAAUCCACCCUCAGAGCGUCUGCAGUCAGUUGAUGGUUCAGUGGCUGUUUGAACCUUAAUCUCAUCAUAUGAUUGUUUCAAAAGUUUAACUGGUUAUUAGAUAUAUGACAAAAUUUCCCUUAUUUAUUUUACCUGCAAAUUAAAGGCAUAUAACCGAAUGUUUAUUUCAACUUUAAUCAAAAAGCUUGAAUGUCAUGGAUAUACCCGCACAUGGAGGUUGUUUGAGAUUUUCAUCCCCCCAUCGAAAAGAUGUGGACAGUAAGAAUGUUUGGUCUGAGCAACUAAAGCACUUUCACCGCCGUCAGACCGAGAGGACAUGCUUUUUGUGAACUUUGCCUUAUCUUUAAUCUAUUCCUCAGUUUGUAUUUGUUCAGUAAUUAUAAAUUUCAUAUUGUCUAAUAAAUAAAAAAAAAUUCAUUUAACUUUUCUGUGACGUUAUUGCUACUCGAGUUUUGAAUUUGAGGCCAAAAUUACUUUGUAAAACAAACCCAAACUAUCCUGAUAGGACAAAAGGUUAAAUUGCUAAAUUAUAUCACACUUUGAAAUAUGCUGGUGCCAUUUGGUUCCAUCCUGGCCUGAAUAUAAACUGUCCCUCACUUUUUUGUUUUAACUUACUUGUGGAAAUUAUUUUUAUUUGUGUAUAAUUAAACAUGUGGAUAGUUUUGUUCCUGUAAAUUCAAAAUUGUGUAAAAUCUAAUAUUGCAAAUAAAUAAAUGUCAAGUAAA